AUGUCGGAUCUUUUUUCCGGCGUCGCCUCUUCUUUGAAAAGCGUGGCCAACAAUGUCGCUUCCAGUAUCAAUUCAUCUGAAGUUCGCAAAAUCGCCGAGAAAAUGUGAGUUCCAUUCAAAAAAAUUAUUAAUUUAAUGCAUGUUUUUUGCAGGCAGGAUGUGCUGAUGAACUACUCAGAGGAAGAAUUAACGGUCCGAGACGCGACCAAUGAGGAUCCCUGGGGACCCACUGGGCCGCAAAUGAAGAAAAUCAGCGAUUAUACCUUCAAGUAAAUUUUUUUUUCUUAUUUUUUGAAUCUAUAUGAUUUUUUUCAGUAGCGAUUCAUUCCAUCCGGCCGUAGGAAUGCUCUACAAACGCAUGUUUGAAGAAAAUAAGAACGCUUGGCGUCGAGUUUACAAGGUUAUUUUUAUUUUACUUCUGAAAUUUUGAAAAUAUCCUGUUUCAGAGUCUGAAACUUCUCAAUUAUCUCAUCCAGAAUGGAAGUGAACGCCUUCUUGUUUCAGCGAGGGAUCGAGUUUUUUUGAACUGAGGUAUCACUCGAACUUAAUUUUUUUAACGGUAUUUUUCUCUACAGAUCCUUGGAAAACUACAAAUUCAUUGACGAGAAGGGCCACGAUCAAGGCAUCAAUAGUAAGUUCUUGGAAUCUUUUUGAAACAAAAAAAUUUUUUUGGAUUCGUUUCAAUUUAAAUUACUAGGCAUUUUUGAUUCAAAAAAACUUAAUUUUUUUGGCUCCGAUUUUUCAGAGAAAAAAAGUUAAAAUUUUUGAUUUUUUUAAAAAUUAGUGCCUUAAAUCAUAUACUUUUAAGGCAACCAAGGAAACAAAAAAGAAAAACGUUUUGAUUCGAUCAUUUUAAUUUAUCGAUUUUCAGUCCGCCAUCGUGUGAAAAUCAUCAUCGAUUUGCUGACGGAUGACGACAAGUUGAGGGAAGAGCGACAAAAAGCCAAGGCGGAUAACAAAUCCCGUUAUCGUGGUUAUACUUCUGACGAUCUUCGAUCAGCCAACUUUGACAAUCAUUCUUCUUCUUCUGGAAGUAAGUUUCAUGCUUUUUUAUCAUUAAUAAUGUACUCAUGGCCUCCAGAGUGGUCCCUGUGAGGUUAUUAAAGUUUCCUCUCUAGAAGCCGCUAUAGCUCUUUUUUUUCCCUGACCCAUUUAGGCACUACUCUGACGUUUCUAAGUAAUACAACCAAAUUUUUCAGCAAUUUCCUCAGCCGGAAGGUCGCGAGAAGUUUCCAGCUUCCAGUUCCGAGACAGCAACCGCGAUUCUUCGCCUGAACUCGGAUUCGACACGGCUAAAAAAGAGGAAACGAAGAAGGUAAAGGUGUGAUGAGCAUAGUAAAGUUGUUCCAGCUUUUUCGGUGUUUUGAAAAAAAAUGUGAAAGUAAAAACAGGUCUCUCUAAAUGAAAGCCAAAAAUCGUAUUAUUCCGAUUUUAAACGGGAAAAUGUUUUAGAAGACUGAAAAUGAUGACGACGAGUUCGGAGACUUCAUCGCUGCCAGAACGACGAACACUCCGAAACGGCCGAGCCUCACUAAUAGUAAGCAUAAUUUGAAAGCUUCAAAAAAUAAUUAAUCUUUUUUUUAGCAACAAGCGCCUCUUUCAGCGCUUUGCCGCCCCCUCCGAAAACUGGUUCAUUGGCUCAUGUCCCUGCCCCGAAAGCUGCUCAAGGUUGAUUUUUUUGCGGUUCUAAAAUGUUUACUCUUCAAGUUUUCAGAAAAUUUUCUGAGAAGCUUCCAUAUUUUUGUAUUAAUUUUUUGCCAAUAUACUGAUUUUUCUCAGUUAGUUUGAGUUUCAAUUUGGAAGUUCUUGGCCCUCAGAUUUUUUUCUACAGAAUAAUAGUCCAAAAUGAAAGACUAACUAAAAAUUUAAAGUCGCUCAAUUUGAAAAUCAUGUGAAGAAAUGUAAAGUUAUCUAAAUAGACGAUAUUCUCGAUCAGCAAAAUUUUUUUCCAGCCUCUUCCGGCGGAUCAUUCUUCGAUGACCUUAUCUCCAUCGACACUUCCAAGCAGCAAACUUUCUCUCCAGCUCCCGCCAAUCUGGCCUCUCCUCCACAAGCAGAUAUCUUUGGAGUCACGGUGAACCGACCUGAUUUGACGCAAAAUUUCGAAAUCUCAUAUUUAUAGCCUCCCGCGUCUUCCAAACCUUCCGGCAACACCUUUGAUCCAUUCGCAAGUGCUGGAGGCAGCAAUUCGAAUGUCGAUCUUUUCGGCGGCAGUUCUGCGCCGAUAAAUCAAUCUUCUGUUUCUCCGGCGGCUCCCAUGCCCGAUAUGUUUAGUGGAUUCGCAGGACAGGCGAAUAAUUCAGCUUCUGCUGACCUUUUCGGAGACUUUGGAGCUGUAAGUUGUCUACCAAGAAAAGCUGUUUAGGAUGAACUUUUUCAGACUCCGACUCCUGCUCCAUUGCCUACUAACGACUUUUUCGGCAACACUUCGUCUUCCGCUAUUCCACCGGCCGCGUUUUCCGAUUUGUUUGGAUUGACUCAGGUAAAUCUUUGUGGAUUCCCAAUGAAAAAAUAAGAUUUUAGUUGACGCCCUCGUCUCAGAAAUCCGUCGGAAACGCUCAAAAUGGCAGCAACGCUGUUUCCGCGGUUAGUUUCGUUGCGAAUAAUUUUUGAUAACUUUUAUCAGAACCGAAAAGAUGGAUUUUUUUGUAAGAUUUAAAAAUUCAAUAAGUGCAGGAAAAAGCUUUCCAGUUUUUAAUAACUCCAAAGGACGCAUUGCAGACGUUAAAAAAAUACAAGUCUCACUAUUUAAAAAAACUGUUCUGGAAUUAAAAAAACUUUUUAUUGAGGUUAUAGAUGAAACCGAAAACCGUCUUAUGCUAAUAAAUUCAUUAUUCAGAUCAAAAAAACUUUGGAAGUUGCGUUUUUGUUUCUGUGAACUGAAACUUUAUGAACUUGUUAAAAAAACAGUCAUUAUAACUUUAGAAAGAUACACAAAUAUUGAAUUCCUUACGAGAAAGUUUUUGCAUCUUUUCUGACGGUACUGCAGAUCAGCCAGUAGAUUUUACAUGCUUGAAUUUCAUAUCAAUCUUAACAGAAACUUUAAAUUUUCGGCUCAAAAAAACUCAGUUUUAGAAAACACACAGUUUUUCUGUGAAAGCCAUGAAUAUUUCAAAAAAAUCAUGAUUUCAGAAGCAAGAGAAUAAGCCGGCUCCAAAAGUCGGCAACACCUGGGCCAACGCCGGCGGUUUGAUCGACUUUGACAAUUUGGCCAAUAAACCAACUAACACCAAAGCGGCGCCGUCGUUGAACCAAUUGCAAAACAAGUUUUAA